UUCCUAGUAUAUAUAUAUCUCACGCACACAACUAGCGCUUUUGUUUAUGAGUCAUGUGCAAAAUAAAAAUACCGAUCGAGAACAAAAUCAGUUGAGUCUCGGAAUUUCAGUAAAACAAAACUGAACAACAAGUUCAUUUUUGAUCAUUCUAGCGAAAGCUUAUCUGUUUCUAUGUGUAGAUGUCGGAACUCGCGAUAACAAUCAAAGUGAAACAAUGAAGAGUCAAACGACUGGGUCAACUGGACAGCAUGCAAAAGUGCAAGAACAAAGUGAUAGUGAAGAUGAACUUGUAGAAGAGACACCGCAAACAAGCGGUCUCUAUUUGUUUCUUGAUAAAACCAAAGAGGUAAAAGAGUGUGUGAACAAUGUCUUAAGUUAUGGCCGAGAACAUGGUGUAUUAAUGACCGGUGUUCAACUGAAAACACUAUUGGACGUACAGAACGUUGAAAUUACGAAAGACAGAGCAUGCGCCCUUGUUGAACUCAUUUCAAACAACGUAGUUGUCGUCAACAAUCCACAUUUUGUAGCACCUACAGCACAAAAUUCGUGA